AUGAAUUCCAGUGUUCCACCUUGGCGCUCGACUGCUUCAGCCCCGAUGGCUCGAACGUCUGCGUUUCCUCCAACUGGUGAGCCGUACCACAUGAUCCAAGUGUCGAGUCAGCACGCUUACAACCGAACAGCGACCCCUGCCUACAUUCCAGUUCAAGCCCGUCGUAGCCUCGCAUCUAGUACACCCAAACCCGCAAACGGAUCUAUCUCUCAACCGGCCAAACAAGAAUCUCCUGAGGACGAAUCCCGAACGCGUGUGCAGUUCCCGCCUCCCGUCCGAUCAUACGUGCAACGUUGCUUCGCCCCUGAGAAUCAAAUUGCCAGCGUGAGCAUUCCCGAAAUGCAAGAGAAGUUGAAACACGUGAUUACCGAUGCAGCGAAGAAUGACACGCUGGGAAUGAUCGACUGGGAGAGACUACCUUUGCCACAGGUUAUGGUCCAAAAUGAGCGCAAUAAGAUCCUGACCAACCCGGCUUCCUCCAACUGGGCAUCCGCUCACCCAUCCUCUCCCGGAAACGCUACUCGGAAGAGAAAGUCCACCGAUGCCCACCAGUCGGAAACCGGAUCGCCCCCGUGGAGAUCAGCUAACCCCAGUCGUUUUGAAGAUCGAGUUACUCACCCAACCACAGAGAAAAAGAAACCCCGCAUAGCAGUGGACCAGUCAAGUAAGUCCAAAGCUAAUUUGGAAAUGAGGCGGAAGCGUUUCGAUCUGGGCAACGGAAACUCUCCCUCAUCGCCUGUCGGGUCCCCGGCACGCAGUCCUGCGGCAGACCAAGGUCCCGUGGUCGGGCGAUGCCAAACCCUGGAGAAGAACUACUUCCGCUUGACAUCCGCCCCCAACCCAGACACCGUUCGUCCUCUGCCUGUCCUGCAGAAGGCCCUGGAACUGUUGAAAAGAAAAUGGAAAAAUGAUGGCAACUACGGUUAUAUCUGCGACCAAUUCAAAUCUCUGCGUCAGGACUUGACAGUCCAGCACAUACGAACUGACUUCACGGUCACCGUUUAUGAAAUCCAUGCACGCAUCGCCUUGGAGAAAGGGGAUCUUGGUGAGUACAACCAGUGCCAAACCCAGCUACGGGUGUUAUAUUCGCAGCAGCUGGGAGGACACCCGACGGAAUUCAAGGCCUAUCGUAUUCUCUAUUUCAUUUACACUCGGAAUUGGACGGCGAUGAACGACGCGCUAGCGGACGUGACCGCGGAAGAUAAGAAAGACCUGGCCGUGAAGCAUGCCCUGAAUGUCCGCUCUGCUCUUGCGCUCGGGAACUACCAUCGUUUUUUCCAGCUUUACCUUGAUACCCCUAACAUGGGAGCCUAUCUCAUGGAUAUGUUUGUGGAUCGUGAGCGGCUGAGUGCUCUGGCGGCUAUGUCUAGAGCAUACAAACCAGAUGUCAACAUUCGGUUCAUUACAGAAGAAUUAGGGUUCGAGUCUGAUGAACAGACUGCCCGUUUCGUCCUUGACAACUCCUCCGCGGAGUUGUUAGAAGAGAAGAACGGAGCUGUACGGCUGUUGACAGGCAAGGCAGGCUCGCUGUUCGAACAGGCCAAAGCAGAUGCCCAUCGUGUUGUCGAUAUCAAGGGCCAGAUCUAA